UGUUCUGGUGCUAGAAAUGUACCAGUGUGAAACCUACCAAUGAAACGAUAGUGGCGAUAGUCCUAAAACUAUCGAUAGUUAAUUCAAGUGGUCAGACUAUCGGUAGUAUCGUCGAUAGUUUGAUAGCCCUUGCAUAUAGUCUUAAAUAUGGCUCCUCCGGCCGCACGUCAGCGAUAUAAUGCAAAUAAAUCGGACAAUGGAGUCGGUCUCACCAAGAAGCCACCUAGGAAGCUUGAUAGCCAAAAAAAGGAUUGCAAGAAGAGUUCGAAUGGAACGAAAAUAUCUUAUACUGCGGCAAAAAAUACAAAAUCAACAAUUGUCCCAAGCGUAGAAACAGCAUUUAAGACAUUUGUUAGUGCACGGUUAUGCAGUGCUAUAUGGGCAUAUAUAUCUGAUUGCGACGAAACUUUCAACUAUUGGGAGCCACUUCAUUAUAUCAUUAAUGGACACGGUAUGCAAACUUGGGAAUAUAGCCCACAAUUUGCACUUCGAUCGUAUACAUAUCUCUUAUUACAAGGGGUGCCCGGAUGGAUAUACCAAAAGCUUUUCAAUCCAAGCCCUUUUUUAAUAUUUUACAUGAUACGAUGUAUUUUAGGAUUUGGGUGUGCAGUUAUGGAACGUUUUAUGUAUAAGUCAAUCUGCCAAGAGUUUGGAAUACAUAUAGGACGACUGUGGUUAAUUUUUCAACUAUUUAGUGUAGGCAUGUUUGUAUCAAGCACCGCUUUAUUACCGUCUUCUUUCUCAAUGUACUUUGGAUGUGCUGCCAUAGCUGCAUGGUGGCAACUGAAGUACAGCCUAGCGAUAUUUUUUGUAGCUAUUUCAGCCAUCCUUGGCUGGCCAUUUGCAGGAUUAUUGGGAGUUCCAGUCGCUUUGGAUAUGCUAUUACAUAAAAGAAUGUGGAAAACGUUUAUAACGUGGGCGUCUAUUUCUGCAAUAACAAUUGGUUUACCGAUGGUUGCAAUCGACAGCACCUAUUUCGGCAAAUUAGUGAUCGCACCUUUGAAUCUAGUAAUAUAUAACGUUUUUACUAGUCAUGGACCGAAUAUAUUUGGCACCGAACCAUUGAAGUAUUACUUAUUUAAUGGGUUUUUGAACUUUAAUGUCAUUUGGCUGCUUUCUCUAAUUACACCGGUUAUGUUGGUGAUUGAUCACUUUCUAGUGCCUGCGAAAUCCAAAUCAACGCUUAAUUUUCCACGAUAUUUAUCAUUAGCGCCUCUUUACCUCUGGCUGUUAGUUUUCUUUCCACAACCCCACAAGGAGGAACGCUUUCUUUUCCCCAUUUAUCCGCUAAUAUCACUGUGUGGAGCUAUCACUGUCGAUGUAAUUCAACGCAUUUUUUUUAGACUGAAGUCUGUGGUUAACAGUAAAACUAUGGCAGGCUCCCACUAUUUGGAUCACACUAUGUUCAUAGCCGUUUUCGUUAUGCUUGUAAGCACACUGUUGGGUUUGUCAAGAGUAUUCUCUCUUUACCGAAACUAUCACGCCCCUAUGGAUGUCUUCAUGGAACUGAACCAAUUUAAAGCGUCGCAACAAUAUAAGGACGAUCGAAUAUAUAACGUAUGUAUUGGGAAAGAUUGGUAUCGUUAUCCUGGUAGUUUUUUUUUUCCUACAAAUAAUUUUCGUUUACGCUUUUUGAAAUCAGAGUUUCGAGGCAUGCUACCUUUUUAUUAUGCCGAUGGAGAAAAUGCUACUCAAGUAGUGCAUCCAUAUUUCAAUGAUAUAAACCAAGAAAAUGAAAGCGCUUAUUUUGUUUACAAUGACUGUGAUUUUUUGAUAUAUUUCGAUGAAGGCAAAUAUACAGACCUAGAACCCAAUUACACCAAAUUCACCAAAGAUUGGAUCCCGUCGAAAACUUUGCCAUUUCUCAUCCCACAUAAAUCACAUAAGCUCUUUAGAGCUUUCUAUAUACCAUUUCUAACUGAUAAUUAUACUUCAUACGGAAGUUUUUAUUUAUUAAAGCGGAAAAUAAAAUUAAGUUAAAAUAAAAUUAUAGUUUAAAAAACUAAAA